UCAACCCAAACAUCGUAAUGAAUAACCAAGAACAUUCAUUUAACAAAUUAAAGUUAUCUCAUCUCAACGUGCAGUCAAUUAGAAACAGAAAUCAUUUAAUUCAAGUACGAGAACUUGUCGUUGACGAGAAAAUAGAUAUCUUGGCAUUAUCAGAGACAUGGCUAAAUACGUCCACGACUAAUUCCGAG